UCCAGCCACCUGCCCCGAGAGUCGACAAGGACGCGCGAGAGCCCCGGCGCGCGUUACAACGCUCGGCUGCUGUGGCAGGCGCUCGCCAUCUUCUCCCGCCGGCCGGGGCGGGUGCCUUUCUGGAGAGACAGGCUGGCGACCGGGACGAUGCUGUGUUCUUUGCUCCUUUGUGAAUGUCUGUUGCUAGUAACUGGCUAUGCUCAUGAUGAUGACUGGAUUGACCCCACAGACAUGCUUAACUACGAUGCUGCUUCAGGAACAAUGAGAAAAUCUCAGGUGAAAUAUGAUACUACAGAGAAAAAAGAUGUCAGUCCUGAGUUGUCAUACGCUGAUGAAAUGUCCGAAUGUUAUCACAGACUUGAUUCUUUAACUCAUAAGAUUAAUGAGUGUGAAAAGAAAAAGAAGGAAGACUAUGAGAGUCAAAGCAAUCCUGUUUUUAGGAGAUACUUAAAUAAGAUUUUAAUUGAAGCUGGAAAGCUGGGACUUCCUGAUGAAGACAAAGGUGAUAUGCAUUAUGAUGCUGAGAUUAUCCUUAAAAGACAAACCUUGUUAGAAAUACAGAAGUUUCUCAGUGGAGAAGACUGGAAACCAGGUGCCUUGGAUGAUGUACUAAGUGAUAUUUUAAUUAAUUUUAAGUUUCAUGAUUUUGAAACAUGGAAAUGGCGAUUUGAAGAUUUCUUUGGAGUGGAUCCAUAUGAUGCGUUCAUGGUACUUCUGUGUGUGCUCUGCAUCGUGGUAUUAGUAGCUACUGAGCUGUGGACAUACGUACGUUGGUACACCCAGUUGAGACGUGUUUUAAUCAUCAGUUUUCUCAUCAGUUUGGGAUGGAAUUGGAUGUAUUUAUAUAAGCUAGCUUUUGCACAGCAUCAGGCCGAAGUUGCCAAGAUGGAGCCAAAAAACGUGUGUGCUGAAAAGAUAAAUUGGACUGGAAGUAUUUGGGAGUGGCUUAGAAGUUCAUGGACCUAUAAGGAUGACCCAUGCCAAAAAUAUUAUGAGCUCUUAUUAGUCAACCCUAUUUGGUUGGUCCCACCAACAAAGGCACUGGCAGUUACAUUCACCAACUUUGUAACAGAGCCGUUGAAGCACAUUGGAAAAGGAGCUGGUGAAUUUAUUAAAGAACUCAUGAAGGAGAUUCCACUGUUACUUCACAUUCCUAUGCUGAUAAUUAUGGCAUUAGCUGUCUUGAGUUUCUGCUACGGUGCUGGAAAAUCAGUUCAUAUGCUGAGACAUUUAGGUGGUCCUGAUAGAGAACCUUCCCAGGCACUUCAAUCAGGUGACAGAAGACGGGAGAAGGAAAUCGAUUAUAGACCCCAUGGUGGAGCAGGUGAUGCAGAUUUCUAUUAUACGGGCCAACGCUGCCCCAUUGAGCAAGACCCUUAUUACAAAACGUAUGAGGAUAGAAGAGAUGUUUUAAGAGAGAGAAAUGUUGACUUGAGAUUUCAGACUGGCAGCAAGAGCCCUGAAGUGCUCCGGGCAUUUGAUUUACCAGACACAGAAGCACAAGAGCAUCCUGAGGUGGUCCCCAGUCAUAAAUUACCUAUUUUGGACACAAAGACUAAAGAAAUUGGCGAAAUCCCAGGAGAAAGCAGUACUGAAAGCAGCCAGUCGGCUAAGCUUGUCUCUUGCCAAGAAGUAUCAGGGAAUAUGGAAGGGUCACCUGCAGUGGAAAAGGCCCAGCUCCAGACUGAAGCCAAAGGCGGCACAUACAGCCCAGCAAGAACGGCUGCAGAGGCGUGUGGAAAGGAUCCAGUCGGCAGCCCGUGUGGCUAGAGGAAAAGACAACAGCUCUGAAGUCUUUGGGUUUUGUAAAGUAUUCUCUUAACAAUUCUAUUCACUCUUCUUUAAGAAUAUUCUGGUAUUUACCUCAAAGGUGCCAGCUUAAACAUUAACAUUUUUACUGAUAAUCAGAAUUAAAUGCAUGCAUGUAUAUGAAAGCUUUUAAUUCCAUCUUUGAUGUAUACAUUCUAUAAUGUUUUGAAGUAUUAAUUUUAGAACAAGGUCUCAUAGUAUUUAUACUUUAAGAUGAACAAGGCAAGCUUCACUGAUUCUAGAUCAUUAAAGGAAGCUGUUUUGAAUUAGGGACAUUGAAAAGAUUUAUUGUUUGUAGGCAUUUGUGGGAAAGUUUCUGGUGCCCAGUGGAACUAACACCUACUUUAGUUAACAGAAUAAUUUGUUAGUUCUGCAUUGGAUUCAAAGUGUUUCCAAUGUGAUAGGUACUCAAAAACUACUUAUAAGAGGAAUCUACUAUAGUUAAGUUUAUUUUCUUUGUGCACUCCAGCAGCUUAAUGCAGCCAUGGAGUAUGCUUUACCAGCAUCACUAGGACAGAUACCUCUAUUUAUUUUUCUUUAGGCCCCCCACAGGUAAAUGGGCCUUUCUAGUUUCAUCUCUCCUGCAGCUAUUACUGGGUCUGCUUCCUUAUUGUCCCUUUUACUUUCUGUUUCGCUAAGAUAGAACUAAAGAGUGCUAGAGGACUUUAUACCUCGUAGCUUGUUAUAUCAGUAAUCUCAAUUUUACAGUCUGUAGACUUUGAGAAUGUUUUUAUUCUUUUUUCCACAAAUGAAGUGCACAAGCUUUUAUAAAACCUGUUUUUCUUGUUCAUAAUCCUAGUAGUUGAGACUAUUAGAUAUUACCACAUUUUAUUUAUAUUAUAGUAAACCAUAUUGUCUGGGCCAUACGAAGUUCUAAAUUUGAGAGAGCUAUACAUAAAAAAGAAUACCACCACCAUGGUAAUGCAGACAAGUCAUCAACAUUUUUUAAUCAGUCUUUCCAAUUUUAAAAAGCAUUGCUCACUUUAAACAUUUUUAAAAAGGAAUUUAUAAAUUUUGCACAUGUCCCUGGCUAUUCUCUACAGAUUUCAUGUAUAUCAGGGUUCCAUAUUCACACUUGAAGUCCUAUUCAGCUGCUUACUAAAAUGAUACCAGUCAGGAAUAAAUCCUUAAAAUUUUCAUGCAAGCAUUUAUUUUGGAAAACAAAGCAUUUGCUUUUUGAUUUUUUUAAAAAUGAAGUGUAGAAUAUCCAUUUUUGGUUCACAGAAGUAUUACUUAGAUGCUUAUAAUUUGAUUUUACAUGUUAAUAUUCUAGUUUAAUACUGCAAACAUCUUGAGUAUCUCAUCAGAAAGGUAAUCAUUUUUUUCCAAGAAGGACAUAAGGAUUUUAAGAUUUUUUAACACAGCAGGCAUGCAACAAGUGAGUUAUUGACAUGAUGUCUGCAAUUUAGAAUAGAUUUGUGAACAUGGAUGCAUAUAAAGUAGUCCUCUCUUGGGACUAGAGCUGUUCACACUGAUUUGUGAAUAUGCUCCAAGUGGGAAUUGUUCUCUGAGCUGUGAUCUGAUUCUGAAGAGAAACACAUGCCUCAGGUGAGACUGUACUGUGAGAGUAGAAUUAAUGCAGCUUACACUCCUGACUGCUUUUAAUCCAAAAAUGAAUUAUUUUUGGAAAAUUUAAAUAAAAUUUCAUCUUUGUAUUCUUUCAUUACAGAUAUCCAUUUGGGGAUGAAAUCUACUUUGACAGCUAGCAAGGCAACAUUCUGCUGCUGUUGAAUGAUGACAGCAAUUCAGGGAAGACUUUAUUAAAGAAAAUUGAACAUACCAAAGCCAGAUUAUUACCAGAAAAGAGAUAAGGCUUGUUUAUUGACUAGCCAGUCUUUGUCUGUAAAAUUAAGGCUUAUAGGGAGAAGCUUUUAGGAAAAUGGGCAAAUGAUUAAAACAGGGAUAGACAGCUGUUAAGAGCACUUUUUAAAUGGAAUAGAUAAUGUUGAAUGUUUACAGGGAACCACUGUAUACACCAAAUAAACAUUAUUGUAAUUUGGUAUGCUGCCUUUGCUUAUUGAAUUUUCUUAUUAAAUACCAUGAAACUUAAUCUGCAGUUUUUUAAAUCUGCUAUUUGGGACAUUAUGCCAUAUAUAAAAGCUUUUAAUGCCAUCUUUGCUUAUAUACAUUCUGUAAUGUUUUUGAAGUGUUAAUUUUAGAACAAGGUCUCAUAGUAUUUAUACUUUAAGAUGAACAUGGCAAGCUUCACUGAUUCUAGAUAGUUAAAGGAGGCUGGUUUGAGGAGGCUAGAUAGUUAAAAUGGCCAGUGUGAGACAGAAACAAUCUAGAAUUACUAAGGGCUCAGCAAAAAACCAAAAACAUUAUUCUUGGUUUUAAGAUCAAAGCAUUAAGUUA